AUGGAUGUGGUGGGAGAAAAUGAGGCCUUGCAGCAGUUCUUUGAAGGGCAAGAUGUCCAUGGAGCCUUGGAGAAUCCCAUGGUGGAUACAAGUAUGUUGGAAGAAUUCAUCAGUAGUGAUGCAGAGUUUGGAACUUUGCAAAGCCAGUUGCCAGACUCCCCACCGGACUCUGGAUCGGAACUGUGUUCUCCGCCACAGCUCCAGACCCCGUGGUAUGACACUACAUGGCCCGGUGGGCUGCAGCCUCCAUUCCCAUACCCGUCUGCUGUGGCACCCAGCAAGCUUCCCUGCAGGUUCAUGGACACUUACUCAGACCCCAGUGCCAGUGGGCAUCCCUCCACCAUCCCCCAAGGCUGCUGCCUGAAAACAGAAAAUGCUGUGACUCCGUGGAAUAAUUCUACAUCGUCCAGCAGUUUGAGUUUUAAUUCUUCAUACCUUCAGCCGAGUGCACCUCAUAUUUCUGGUAUUUCUGCAGCAUCAGGCAAAAAGAGGAAGCUUUCACAAUUACUGGGAGAUGCCACUGAUUCUCCAGUCUUGUCUCAGGACUCCAGACAAGCAACUGUUAAGGACUGUGCAGCUGAAGUGCAAGAAUAUGACAGUGAUGGACAGAAUGCAGCUUUGGAAAAAUGCUGUCAAGCUCUAACAUGGCAACCAUAUCAAAUUUCUCAGUGGAACAGCUUAUUUAACUCUAAUUAUGAAAAACUACCUGCUGUAGGAUAUCACAUUGUCACAGAUAAAGGAUUUAAUUUUUCAACAACAGAUGAUGCCUUUGUGUGCCAGAAGAAGAAUCAUUUCCAAAUCACAGUCCAUAUUAGAAUCACUGGACAUCCAAAAUAUGUCAAAACUCAGCUGGGGGGGAAACCAAUAGAAAAGUUUUACUUGAAAGCUUUUGGAAUAAAGGUGGAAGCUCCAAAUCAAACAAUUGCUAUUGAACAGUCUCAGUCAGAUCGAAGCAAAAAAACUUUCUAUCCUGUUAAAGUUGAUCUGCCAGGGGACCAGAUAACUAAAGUAACACUGGGAAGGCUGCAUUUCAGUGAAACAACAGCAAAUAAUAUGAGAAAAAAGGGGAAACCUAAUCCUGACCAGAGAUACUUCAUGCUGGUAGUUGGACUGUAUGCUGUCUCUCAGGACCAAUUCUACCUACUGUCUGCAAAUGUCUCUGAAAAGAUCAUUGUGAGGGCAUCUAACCCAGGGCAGUUUGAGAAUGACAGUGAUGUACUGUGGCAGCGAGGACAUGUUCCAGAGACGAUAGUCUAUCACGGUCGAGUAGGAAUUAACACAGAUGCACCAGAUGAAGCUCUGGUUGUCUGCGGAAAUGCAAAAGUUAUGGGCAGAGUCAUGCAUCCAUCUGACAGCCGAGCAAAACAGAAUAUCCGGGAGGUCGAUACGAAUGAGCAGUUGAGAAGAAUUACACAAAUGAGGCUGGUGGAGUAUGACUACAAGCCUGAAUUUGCAUCUGUUAUGGGAAUUAAAAAUACCCACGAAACAGGCAUAAUAGCCCAGGAAGUGAAGGAGCUUUUACCUCAAGCUGUUAGAGAAGUUGGAGAUGUUGCUUGUAAUGAUGGAGAAAAAAUAGAGAAGUUCCUCAUGGUUGACAAGGAUCAGCUCUUUAUGGAGAACGUUGGUGCUGUAAAGCAGCUUUGUAAACUAACAAACAAUCUUGAAGUAAGAAUAGAAGAAUUAGAACAGUGGAAUAGGAAACUGUCCAGGCUGAAACGGAUGAGCAGUUUAAAGUCAACAGUCAGUGAAGAGAGCAAAGUGAGCAGGUAUAGUCGAGCUACUAGUCUUUUGCCAUCAAAAAAAUCAGUCCGGCUAAAAUCCAGCAAGGUCUGUUUGUCAAAGUCAAAAGAGGCUUGCUCCAUGAAGAUUUUCCGUGUGACCAUAAUAGCUUUGAUUGCUAUUAUGGCACUAUGUGCUUUGACAAUAUCAACCUUAUAUUUACUUAGCAUUCAUGACAGACAUUUUGAAAAGCAUCUGAUUUACAGCAGUACGUCAAGUUCUGUUCUACUCUCUCCCCCUACCACUACAGCAGCAUUGCAGGGGGAAAGCACAAUUUCUCAGAGCACGCAACCCAUCAGCAGGAUCCCUGAAGUGAAUUUCUGUGACAUUUUGCUUUGUGACAAGGUCUAUUGUUGUCCAAUUCAUCAAGCAAAAGUCAAAUCUCUAAGUUUCGAGAAAACCAAUGCAAAAGAGAAACCAAACAGAAGAGACAUGUUACCUGAACAAGAUCCAGUUAAAAAAUCUAAUGGAAGACCUGAUCUUGGAAACGACUGGAUUGAUACCACAAUCAGUUCCAUACAGAUUUUGGAAACCCAGCAAAGCAUUGACAAUCGCUAUUGUAGUAAAAAUCUACAGUGCAGGUCUGGAAAUUAUAGCUAUGUUAUUCCUGUUAACAAAUACACACCCAUGGAUGUAAAAAUCUCACUGGAAAUAAAUACCACGGAACCAUUAAUUGUAUUUCUCUGCAAAGUCACAUUUGGAAAUUAUUGCUCCCAUUUUUCUUCAAGCCAAAGCACUAGGAAGGAUUUCCUAGAAACUACACAGGGACGUCAGCAUAUUUGGACUCUCCCUGUAGCUAAAUUGUAUGACAGCGCAUACUAUUUCCGUGUAGCUGCACCGGGUUUUGCAGGAUGCUCGACAGAUCCUUAUUUUGCUGGAAUGUUUUUUACUGAUUACUACUUCUAUUUUUAUCGGCAGUGUAACUAAAAUGUUGCUGAUCAUUCUGUUCUUUGGGGAAAAUAUGAAGAAGCCCUUGAUAUGCAAAAGAGACUUGUGAAUGGCCCUGGAUAUUUUUUUUAAACCUCUUGCUGAAUUGUAUGGCACUUUCUUGUUUGUUUCACUUUUAAAUUAAUGAAAAGGAGAAUAAAGACUUUGACAACUGUAGCUUUGCAUUUCCAGGAACUGUUUCGAAAAGAACAUGAGGCAAUUAAGUAUAUGAUGUGUAACUAAAAUAAUCCCACUGAUCAUAGUGAAGUUAUGGUAUUGUAUGUAUAGCAGAUGAGAACAAAUGGGUAGGAGCUCUGCUGAGCUGGGAUACACUCCAGUCCUCAGAAGAUGGUAAGAUAAUAAAAUGUUAUUUGCAGUCAGGAGACCUGCUUCCGUCCUAAAGGCAUAUACCUUCCCUUAGUAUCUGCUGCCCUUUAUUUAUAUAUAAAUUUUUUUUUUUUUUUGCUAACAAAACCAA